AUGAGUAAUGCCGUAGGACUCGUACUCUCACUGCUGCUUGUCAGCUUCAUGCAGCCUAUAGCGAUGCAGCCUGGGCUUGCAGCCCACUCCUUUGAAGAGCAUUGCAAAUUAAUCAAGAUCAACUGGUGGCGCCGCCCCUGGGUUCUUCCAGCUCAGCGUCGUCAUGUACCUGUAGUAUUGCCCGGCAGCUGGGCCCUUGUAGGAAAUUGGUUGAGCGAAGUCGUCCAUGAUCUUGAGACCUAUAAGCAAACGACAAAGAGCCUUGCUCGUUCGACACACACUUUGAUGGCAUGGUACGGCGCGGAAGCAUUCCUAGAUGCGCUGUAUGAAGGCGCUGUAGCCAAGCUGCAAACGACGCAAAAAACUGGAGUGGGCUCGGAGAAGGCGGGCUGGCGAAACAAUGGGCUGUACGAGGCCGAAAUUGAGUGUGCCAGGCGAGAGCGUCGAGAAGAUGGAAAUCGAAGCCUUGGUCCGUCCGGGACUUUACGGCUGGAUCAGGCAUCCGCCGAACACACGCGGUACCGGGUACACGACUGUAGCGACGUGCGCGUCACUGCGAACGCGUAUCAGCAACUUUGCAGGUACAGCCAGUCGAGCUGGCACCACGCAACCUUUCAGCAGUGCUAG